GGAUUUCUCAAUCCAAAUAAUUAACUACAGAAUUAGGUGAAGAAGCAUUUUUUCUAAUUUCACAAUUCAGUUUCCACCAAGAUCUCAAUCAGCCACCCCAUAAUACCGUCACCUCUCAACCCAAUUACAACAACAAAAAUAUAUAACACAAAAGAAAAGUACAGGCAAUAUGGCUUCCUUUCAUCUUCAAUCUCUCCUCAAAGUAGUAUUCGCAGUAUCUUGCCUGCUUUUUGCCGCUGGUAUCGCCGGAGCCGAUAUUUGCGGCUCCCCCGGAGACGGUUACACCGAACAAGACCCGAAGUCGGUGUUGUCGGUGUAUCUGGGACGGUUUGCCGUAAAGCGACACAACUUCAUAAACAACACCAACCUGGAAUAUCAAAAUGUGGCGAAGCUCCUUUCGAAACCACUUCUAAACGGCGUCAUUUUCAAACACAUCAUCAACAUUCAAGCAAAAGAUGGCGGUCAAUCUCAUCAGUAUUACGCCUGUCUCGAGGAGUGGAAGCUAGAACUUGUAGUUGAGCUUCAAUCCUUCAGACAACUAUAA